GGCACGUUUAACAAAAAGACGACAGGCGGAUACAAAAGCUAUCCAGCAUCUUUGGGCAGCCAUUGAGAUUAUACGGAACCAGAAGCAAAUUGCCAACAUUGAUCGUAUUACAAAAUGUUAUCUGAAAAAUGGAAAACAGAUUAUUUACAAAAGCUCAUUUAGUUAAAUACUUAUGUUGGCCCUUAUUAAUAAGUAAGAAAAUGCAGAAUAAUAUUCUAUUGUCUGGAUGGACCUCAGUUUAUUGUCCACACACCUUGAAGGAUAUCUUGGUUCCUUUGGAGUUCUGGCAAUUAUUGGGUCAAACCCCAGUUAGAAAAUGUGACCUCUGACCUCUUGUGACAUGUUUGGCAUUGAGAUUUCUGAGUUCUCCUGGAGUUCUUCACAGAUAGACAUAAGCCCAAACUGUACAUGUCUCGAGUCCACGGUAUGCAUCCCAAAGAGACCACCCGUCAGCUGAGCUUAGCUGUGAAAGAUGGUCUUAUUGUUGAAACUCUCACUGUGGGCUGCAAAGGUUCAAAAGCUGGUAUUGAACAAGAAGGAUAUUGGUUGCCAGGAGAUGAAAUUGCCUACAGUAUGCAGCCUUUCUCCAGGACAGCAACCCCAAACAAGGACUGGGAAACAGAAAAUCAUGACUGGUAUUGUUUUGAAUGCCAUUUGCCUGGAGAGGUGUUGAUAUGUGACCUGUGUUUUCGUGUGUAUCAUUCCAAGUGUUUGUCUGAUGAGUACAGGCUUAGAGACAGCAGUAGUCACUGGCAGUGCCCAGUUUGCAGGAGUAUCAAGAAGAAAAAUACAAACAAACAAGAAAUGAGCACAUACCUGAGGUUCAUUGUCUCCCGCAUGAAGGAGAGGGCUAUAGACCUUAAUAAAAAGGGAAAGGACAGCAAACACCCGAUGUACCGGAGGCUGGUGCACUCAGCGGUCGACGUCCCCACCAUACAAGAGAAAGUGAAUGAAGGGAAAUACCGAAGUUAUGAAGAGUUCAAAGCUGAUGCUCAGCUGCUUCUCCACAACACAGUGAUUUUCUAUGGAGCAGACAGUGAGCAAGCUGACAUAGCAAGGAUGCUGUAUAAAGACACUUGUCACGAGCUGGAUGAGCUACAGCUUUGCAAGAACUGCUUCUAUUUGUCAAAUGCUCGUCCUGAUAAUUGGUUCUGCUAUCCUUGUAUACCUAAUCAUGAACUGGUUUGGGCUAAGAUGAAAGGUUUUGGAUUCUGGCCAGCCAAGGUCAUGCAGAAGGAAGACAAUCAGGUUGACGUCCGCUUCUUUGGUCACCACCAUCAAAGGGCUUGGAUUCCUUCUGAAAACAUACAGGACAUCACAGUUAACGUCCAUCGGCUGCAUGUUAAGCGCAGUAUGGGUUGGAAAAAGGCCUGUGAUGAGCUGGAACUGCAUCAGCGUUUCCUUCGUGAAGGAAGAUUUUGGAAGUCUAAGAAUGAGGACCGUGGGGAGGAGGAGGCAGAAUCUAGUAUCUCUUCUACCAGCAAUGAACAGCUAAAGGUCACUCAGGAACCAAGAGCAAAGAAAGGGCGACGUAAUCAAAGUGUGGAACCCAAAAAAGAAGAACCAGAGCCUGAAACUGAAGCAGUCAGUUCCAGCCAGGAAAUCCCCACAAUGCCUCAGCCAAUCGAAAAAGUUUCAGUGUCAACUCAGACCAAGAAGUUAAGUGCCUCUUCACCAAGAAUGCUGCAUCGAAGCACCCAGACCACCAGUGAUGGAGUGUGUCAAAGCAUGUGCCAUGACAAGUACACCAAAAUUUUCAAUGACUUUAAAGACCGAAUGAAGUCUGAUCACAAGCGAGAAACUGAAAGAGUUGUACGAGAAGCUCUAGAAAAGCUGCGUUCUGAAAUGGAAGAAGAAAAAAGACAAGCUGUAAAUAAAGCUGUCGCCAAUAUGCAGGGUGAGAUGGACAGAAAAUGUAAACAAGUAAAGGAAAAGUGUAAAGAAGAAUUUGUAGAGGAAAUCAAGAAACUAGCAACACAGCACAAACAACUAAUUUCUCAGACCAAGAAGAAGCAGUGGUGCUACAACUGUGAGGAGGAGGCCAUGUACCACUGCUGCUGGAACACGUCCUACUGCUCCAUCAAGUGCCAGCAGGAGCACUGGCACGCCGAGCACAAGCGCACCUGCCGCCGGAAAAGAUGAAGGCGGGUUCUUGCUGGAGAGUCACCGAUGAUUGCUCUUCUCAGACACAACGGUUUUUGUUUCCAAGAAGCCAAAAUUGUUUAGAAUUUGCUUCCCAUUUUGCACCAGCCUUUAAACACUUUUCGUGAAGAGAUUUUGCACAGUAGUUUAAAUCUUUUGUUAAUGUCCCUCUGGAGUUUUUCGGGGGUAAAAGUAACAUCAGUGGAGGGUAUUAUUUUAAAUAAAAUUUAAUUGAGAAUUUGUUGCAUUUACAGCAAAUUUUAAAACAUUUUUAGGUUUUACAGAGAUUUUAACCUUUAAACAACAGAUCUUUAAAAAACAACAGGUGAAUACAAGUGAGUUUAAUGAAUAAACAUUUAAAAUAGAUCUGAAUGUAAGAACUACAGAACUGUUUCAGAAAUAAAACAUACUACCUUGAUGUGAAGUUUAUUUCUUAACCUUGUUGAGCUGGUUUUGUUCAGCUUAAUUUACUGUUUAAAGGCAUUAUCUAUUGGUUAUGCCAGUGGGUAUAUGAUUGAAUUUAGGGAACAGGGUUGACACAGCAGGUGCUAGUCCUGCAUAUUUUUUCUUAAAUAUUUCCCAAUUGUGUUUUUCAUUAUUUCUUUUCAAUAUAUAACUUUUAUAACAAAUUAUUAGCUUUGAUCUUGUAGUUUAAAAUUGCAGGGAACUGGGGUAAUCUUUUACUGAGCUGGAUCUUAGAGAAAAUGAAUAUUUAAAUUUUAAAGUUUGCACAUUUCAUCUUUGUCCUAACAUGAGUGCUUGUAACAAAAUAAACAAAAGUAAGCCAAAAACUACCUUAAUCCAUAUAUGAAAUUAUAGAUGGGGCAUACAAAUUUAUUUAAUGCUUCCCUCCCCUCCCCAAGUAUCGAUUGCCUGUUAUCUGGUGUCACCUCCUAUUAUACUAUAAGUUAAUGCUGAAAGGAAAGAAAGCACUUAAGUUUCACAGAAGCCGUUAUGUUUGUGGUAAUGGGUCAUUGUCUACUAAUGAACCCCAUCACUGUACACAGAAUGAAGAAUAAUGCAUGUUAAUUUUCUUGUAUUAAAGAUGCUGUGGUUUGUAAAAAGUCUGUAUUUUGCGGAAUGUCUGGAUGAAGAAGCAUUACCGAUAGGAAUGGAUCGAUAGUUGAAUAAUGAUUUUUUAUACAUAGAUAUAUAAAAUACAGCCAGAAAAACCGAAAUUACUUUUUUUUUUAAAGAAAAAUCUCACAAUUUAUGUUUUUUCAAAGACUGAUCUUAGACAAAGUCAAAUUCUCAUUUAUCAUUUAGUUAUUUUUUAAGGUUAGAGAAAUAAUUUGUAAAUAUUUAUUUAGACCUUUGAUAUUUAUUAAAGCAAUUACACACAAUGUAAGAGAAAGAAUCAGGAGAAAAACCUUUUUAAAAGUUUUCUCUAGGUUUGUCAGGGUCACCCUAAAGUUAAAAAUGUAACCAAGUCUUCUGUGAAAUAAUCAUCCACCCAGUCCUGGUGCUGUUGCAGAUGGUGAAUCAACAAGCUGGUGCCCGGUAAGAACUGCCCACAGCGCUGUUUCAACACCAUCCCUGAAUUACGCAGUGACUUGGCCUCUCGGUCCCUCCUUGUUGCUGUGUGAUUAGUCAGUGUUGCCACGGUGCCGUGGUCUGGUUGAGACAUUGUAACCAAGAACACUUACCUUCUCUUGAUCAUUUUUUCAAGUUUUAAAACUUCGAUCCACCCCUAUGAGAGCAAGUUAUUGUGGAAAUACUUUCGAUGUAAAACCAUUCCAGAGUGUGUACUAUUUACUGAUAGCUGCAUGAACGUAAGAUGCGUGUUACUUUGGCUUUUUUGUCUCCGUCAACACGGUUGCACAUUUCCAAGUUACUACAGCGUGAAAACUGUGUGUUUAAAAAAAAAAACAAAAUUAAAAAAAGAUUGUGGCCUGGUUUUGUAAAAGUUUUAGGUACAAUUACAAUCGAUUGUUUUAGAAAUCAUUAUUAAAAAAUUUCUGCAAAUCAUAAAGCUAUAUCAAGAUGUUGAGCUUAGCCACUAUGCACAUUGUAAUUACUCAUUGUGGCUGUCCAGUUCUAUGAUACAUUCUGGCAUUUCGUAAGCUGCUCUGACUAGCAAUAUAUAGAUUCAUUUAAUGUGUUAACAUUGGUUAAUAAAUGUAUUUAAAAAAA